CGCUUUAACAGGGCUGAUGGGAUUUCGGAAUGCUCGAUCUGUCACUAGCUGGAGUGUUAUUUUGUUGAUGACGGCGGAUUGAUUGGCAGCCAUCUGGUUUAAGCCACAGGAAGGAUUUCCACCAUCAUGCAGAAGGUGGAGAGACCAGAUCUCAUGACCUACCAACCUCACCUCACCUACUCACCAGAGAGAUCCCUUUCUCCUCCCUCCAUCUCUCCUCCCUCUCCCGAGCUGAAGAUGUGUAGGGAGGAUGGAGGGUCUCCAGGAGGCUCCACAAUGCAGCUCCGGAAGACAUCCAUUCCCCUACAGCAGCAUUUCCACAGGCCAGAUAAUGGUGCCAACAUCUACAUGAAGCUGCCUAAUUUUAAACAGGAGGUCAGCAAGCAGAAGGUGAUGGGCAGCAUUAUCCAGUCGUCUAAGUUCCCAGCAGCUCAGAAACCAGACCCCAACCUGCCCUCAAAGAUAGAGACAGAGUACUGGCCCUGUCCUCCCUCACUGGCUGCUAUGGAGAUCGAGUGGAGGAAGAGGAAGGAGGAAGAGGAAGAGGGGAAGGAUGAGUUUGAAGUCCUGACUGAUGACGCCAAGACACGACAGGAGCAGGAGCUCCACAAGAUCAAGUCUAACCUGGGCAGGCUGAUCCUGAAGGAGGAGAAGGAGGAGCAGGAGAAGGCUCUACUUGACCGCAGGAAGACGCAGUCACUGCCAGACAGAACACACAUGCACACAAGUUUCUCCUUGAAGUUGUCCUCCAGCUCAGGUCUGACCAGGAUGCAGCCUGCAGAGUUCACUACAGAGGGAAAUCAGGGCAAAACAGCUGAACAGAAUGGAGAGGCACCGCGGGAAAGGAUGGACAGAGGAAACUCACUGCCAAGUAUGCUGGAACAGAAGAUCUACCCAUAUGAAAUGCUCAUAGUCACCCACAGAGGGCGCUGCAAGCUGCCGCCAGGCGUGGACCGUACCAGACUGGAGAGACACCUGUCUCCUGAGGACUUUGAGCAUCUGUUCGGAAUGCCCAUCGCCGAGUUUGACCGUCUGUCACUAUGGAAACGAAAUCAUUUGAAAAAGAAUGUUCAACUUUUCUAGCAGAAAGUGACCUUAUCCAUCACAGGAAACAGGAACCGCUCCACUGCCUAACGAAGAAUACCCCACAACACCAAACUAUCACACCCUAACUAACCAUAUAUAUGUCACAUCCUAACUACUCCUAUAUCACUGUAGCCAUAUUCUACCUGUAUGUUCCGUUAUAUCCUCUAGGGCUCUAUUCAAUCAGAUCCGCUUUUGCCGACAUCUGCAUAGCGGUUGUUUUGGCGGUGUCAGAGGUAGAACUGCACUAGAGCUGUCAAAUCCACAAGCACCUCCUGGCAUUCUACCUAAAGCGGACAUUACCAUUGGUUGCACAGAGUUGCAUUAAGAGAAAUCCCAUGUAGCCUUGUUUACAAGUUGGAAGACUGGAAUGUGAGAUGUAAUCUAUACCUACAUUUGGUUGAUAGAAAACAUCAUCAUUUAGUUUAGUGAUUUUCAAUUUGAGCGUCAUUAUUUCUAUAUGGCCUACAUUCUGAACUUCUAACGCGAGUGGGAUGGGUGCGGCUGCGUGACAAUGAUCAAGAGCAGCUGAUCAUGUUUUAACAUCUCCAACUUAGUUACACCUCCAAAACAUCAGCUAUGCGAGUGUCUGCUGUCGCUGGUUAAUGCUGGAUCUGAUUGAAUCUGGGCCCUAGUCUCACUGGCUUUGAUAUAGAGCAUCAGUACAGAGACAAGCCUGACCCAAGUCUUACCCCUAAUCCUAACCGAUCUGAUCAUAAGCAUUGAGAAUCUCCUAGUAUCUACUGCCUCCGCACCACAUACACACACACAGAUGUACAUACUGUACACACACUAUCUGGCCACACAAUAAUUAUCACUGCUUUUAAUACAACUAGAAAUGGGAAAAUAUUAUUAGUAAAUCUACAGUGCAUUCGGUAAGUAUUCAGACCUUCUCUUUUUUCCACAUUGUUACGUUACAGCCUUAUUCUUAAAUGGAUUUUAAAAAACAAACAUCAUGUUUACAUAAGUUUUCAGACCCUUUACUCAGUGUUUUGUUGAAGCACCUUUGGCAGUGAUUGUCUUCUUGGGUAGGACACAACAAGCUUGGCACACCUUUAUUUGGGGAGUUUCUCCCAUUCUUCUCUGCAGGUCCUCUCAAGCUCUGUCAGGUUGAAUGGGGGGUGUCGCUGCACAGCUAUUUUCAGGUCUCUCCAGAGAUGUUCAAUCGGGUUCAAAUCCAGGCUCUGGCUGGGCCACUCAAGGACAUUCAGAGACUUGUCCCGAAGCCACUCCUGCAUUGUCUUGGCUGUGUGCUUAGGGUCCUGUUGGAAGGUGGACCUUCGCCCCAGUCUGAGGCUCUGAGCACUCUGGAGCAAGUUUUCAUCAAGGAUCUCUCUGUACUUUGCUCUGUUCAUCUUUCUCUUGAUCUUGACUAGUCUCCCAGUUCCUCCCGCUGAAAAACACCCCCACAGCAUGAUGCUGCCACCACCAUGCUUCACUGUAGGGAUGGUAUUGGCCAGGAGAGGAGUAGUUCCUGGUUUCCUUCAGACGUGUUACUUGGCAUUGAGGCCAAAUAAUUGGUUUCAUCAGACCAGAGAAUCUUGUUUCUUAUGGUCAGAGUCCUUUAGGUGCCUUUUGGCAAACUCCAAGUGGGCUGUCAUGUUGCUUUUACUUAGGAGUGGCUUCCGUCUGGCCACUCUACCAUAAAGGCCUGAUUGGUGGAGUGCUGCAGAGAUGGUUGUCCUUUUGGAAGAUUCUCCCAUUCCCACAAAGGAACUCUGGAGCUCUAUCAGAGUGACCAUCGAGUUCUUGGUCACCUCCCUGACCAAGGCCAUUUCCUCUGAUUGCUCAGUUUUUCCCGGACGGCCAGCUCUAGGAAGAGUCGUGGUGGUUCCAAACUUUUUCCAUUUAAGAAUGAUGGAGGCCACUGUGUUUAAUGCUGGAGAUAUGUUUUGGUACUCUUCCCCAGAUCUGUACCUCGACACAAUCCUGUCUCGGCGCUCUACGGACAAUUCCUUCAACCUCAUGGCUUGGUUUUUGCUCUGAUAUGCACUGUCAACUGUGGGACCUUAUAUAGACAGGUGUGUUCCUUUCCAAAUCAUGUCCAAUCAAUUGAAUUUACCACAGGUGAACUCCAAUAAAGUUGUAGAAACAUCUCAAGUAUAAUCAAUGGAAACAGGUUGCACCUAAGCUCAAUUUUGGGUCUCAUAGCAAAUGGUCUGAAUACUUGUGUAAAUAAGGUGUUUGUAUUUUUAAUAAAUUGGCAACAUUUCUAAAAACCUGUUUUUGCUUUGUCGUUAUGGGGUAUUGUGUGUAGAUUGAGGGAAAAACCUUUAUUUUUUUGAAUAAGUGUAAAGGUUGUCGUAGUCGUUCUCCUCCUCAGACGAGGAGGAGCAUGGAUCGGACCAAGAUGCGGAGUAGUAGGUAUUCAUGUUUUAAUGGCAAACCAACAAACACUACAAAUUAACAAAACAACAAACGUGACUAACCUGCAACAGUCCUAUGUGGCACAAACACUGACACAGGAACAAACACCCACAAAACACCAGUGAAACCCUGGCUGCCUUAGUAUGACUCUCAAUCAGAGACAAACGAUACACACCUGUCUCUGAUUGAGAAUCAUACCAGGCCGAACACAAAAACCCAACAUAGAAAUAGAAAACAUAGACUGCACACCCAAAACUCACGCCCUGACCAAUAAACACAUACAAAACAAGAGAAAACAGGUCAGGAACGUGACAAUAAGGCUGUAAAGUAACAAAAUGUGGAGAAAGUAGAGUGGUCUGAAUACUUUCCGAAAGCACUGUAUGUUCAAACUUCACAUUAUCACUGUAAUUUGUUUUUACAUGAUUGAUCGACCAUGGUUCAUGUUUUAUAGAAAUGUUGUUGUGUAUUAGUACAGCUUUUUAUUCACGUUAAUAUAUUUCCUGGUGUGAACCCAUGACUGAGGUUGACAAAUAUGAUUAUUGUUAUUGUAUUCAUUUGAAAAGUAUUCUCUCUUAGUCCUUCAAAACAGAACAGCGCUAUUGUUUUAUUUUCAUGGUUCUUCUCAAAUCAGAAACAGGCUCUAAGAUCGUAGAAAAGGUUCUGAGACCAGUAGGACAUUCCUGGCGUCAAGAACACCAGAAAUGAUUAACAUUCCAAAUCCCACCCAGAACAAGACCCGUAAUCCAUAGUGUAUAUGCUGAACCAGCACAAAGUCUAGGGGAGGGUCUGGGUGGGCAUCUGACCACGGUGGUGGCUCAGGCUCUGGGCGAGGUCCCCACCCCACCAUAGUCACUCCCCGCUUCCGUAUCCCCCUCCAAAUGACCACCCUCCAGCUAAACCCACCUAAAUGAAGGGGCAGCAUCGGGAUAAGGGGCGGCAGCUCCGGGAUAAGGGGCGGCAGCUCCUGGCUGAGGGACUCCGGCAGGUCCUGGCUGAGGGACUCCGGCAGGUCCUGGCUGAGGGACUCCGGCAGGUCCUGGCUGAGGGACUCCGGCAGGUCCUGGCUGAGGGACUCCGGCAGGUCCUGGCUGAGGGACUCCGGCAGGUCCUGGCUGAGGGACUCCGGCAGGUCCUGGCUGAGGGACUCCGGCAGGUCCUGGCUGAGGGACUCCGGCUGGUCCUGGCUGGACGGCUCCGGCUGGUCCUGGCUGGACGGCUCCGGCUGGUCCUGGCUGGACGGCUCUGGCUGGUCCUGGCUGGACGGCUCUGGCUGGUCCUGGCUGGACGGCUCUGGCUGGUCCUGGCUGGACGGCUCUGGCUGGUCCUGGCUGGACGGCUCUGGCUGGUCCUGGCUGGACGGCUCUGGCUGGUCCUGGCUGGACGGCUCUGGCUGGUCCUGGCUGGACGGCACUGGCUGGUCCUGGCUGGACGGCUCUGAAGGCUCGGGACAGACGGGCAGCGCUGGGCAGGCAGACAGUUCAGACCACGCUGGGCAGGCAGGCAGUUCAGACAGCGCUGGGAAGGCAGACAGUACGGGCAGCGCUGAGCAGGCAAGCAGCGCAGGCUGCGUUGGGCAGACGGCCGACUCCGACCUGUUGAGGCGCACAGUAGGCCUGGUGCGUGGUGCCGGAACUGGAGGCACUGGGCUGGAGACAUGCACCACAGGGAGAGUGCGUGGAGGAGGAACAGGGCUCUGGAAACGCACUGGAAGCCUGGUGCGUGGAGUAGGCACUGGUGGUACUGAGCUGGGGUGGGAAGGUGGCACCGGAUAUACCGGACCGUGAAGGAGGACACGCGCUCUUGAGCACCAAGCCUCCCCAACCUUACCAGGUUGAAUGGUCCCCGUAGCCCUGCCAGUGCGGCGAGGUGGAAUAACCCGCACUGGGCUAUGCAGGCGAACCGGGGACACCACCUGUAAGGCUGGUGCCAUGUACGCCGGCCCAAGGAGACGUACUGGAGGCCAGAUACGUUGGGCCGGCUUCAUGACAUCCGGCUCGAUGCCCAACCUAGCCCUCCCAGUGCGGCAAGGUGGAAUAGCCCGCACUGGGCUAAGCACGCGUACUGGGGACACCGUGCGCUUUACCGCAUAACACGGGGUCUGACCAGUACGAUGCCCUCCCACUCCACGGUAAGCCCGGGGAGUUGGCUCAGGUAACCAACCCGGCUUCGCCACACUCCCCUUUAGCCCCCCCCCCCCCCCCAAAUUUUUGGGUGAGCCUCUCGGGCUUCCAGCCGCUCUGCCUUGCUUUAGCCUCAUAAAACCUCCUCUCCGCUUUCGCUGCCUCCAGCUCCGCUUUGGGGCGGCGACACUCCACUGGCUCUGCCCAGGGUCCUUUACCGUCCAGGAUCUCCUCCCAUGUCCAUUCCUCUUUUCCCCAUUGCUGUUGUUCCUGCCUUCCUUCUCCACUCCGCUUGAUCCUGUUUUGGUGGGUGUUUCUGUAAAGGUUGUUGUAGUCGUUCUCCUCCUCAGACGAGGAGGAGCAUGGAUCGGACCAAGAUGCGGAGUAGUAGGUAUUCAUGUUUUAAUGGCAAACCAACAAACACUACAAAUUAACAAAACAACAAACGUGACUAACCUGCAACAGUCCUAUGUGGCACAAACACUGACACAGGAACAAACACCCACAAAAUACCAGUGAAACCCUGGCUGCCUUAGUAUGACUCUCAAUCAGAGACAAACGAUACACACCUGUCUCUGAUUGAGAAUCAUACCAGGCCGAACACAAAAACCCAACAUAGAAAUAGAAAACAUAGACUGCCCACCCAAAACUCACGCCCUGACCAAUAAACACAUACAAAACAAGAGAAAACAGGUCAGGAACGUGACAAUAAGGCUGUAAAGUAACAAAAUGUGGAGAAAGUAGAGUGGUCUGAAUACUUUCCGAAAGCACUGUAUGUUCAAACUUCACAUUAUCACUGUAAUUUGUUUUUACAUGAUUGAUCGACCAUGGUUCAUGUUUUAUAGAAAUGUUGUUGUGUAUUAGUACAGCUUUUUAUUCACGUUAAUAUAUUUCCUGGUGUGAACCCAUGACUGAGGUUGACAAAUAUGAUUAUUGUUAUUGUAUUCAUUUGAAAAGUAUUCUCUCUUAGUCCUUCAAAACAGAACAGCGCUAUUGUUUUAUUUUCAUGGUUCUUCUCAAAUCAGAAACAGGCUCUAAGAUCGUAGAAAAGGUUCUGAGACCAGUAGGACAUUCCUGGCGUCAAGAACACCAGAAAUGAUUAACAUUCCAAAUCCCACCCAGAACAAGACCCGUAAUCCAUAGUGUAUAUGCUGAAUUUGGAAAAUGAAUAAAAUAAGUGUUGUAUUUUA